AGAGAAAGAGAAAGACAAGAGAUUUCAGGCCGUACACUGUAUAUUUGCAGCAAGAAAAAGGAGCUGUAUGUCCCUACACACCGCAGCGUCUAAGAAGGAUAUGGGCUCUCCAGGGCAGAUCCCGGGACAAGACAUGGAGCUCUAAACCAGCCCUCUCCGUCCAUCUCUAUUUGCUGCCUUGCACACUGCUCUCCAAAACCAUCUCUUCUACCCCUGCUUUAGCGGUUUGGCUCAGUAUCCUCAAAGAGAGAAAGAGGGAAGAAAAACCCAAGUGGGAGGGAGUAGUAAACUUUCCCCAGCUGCUGUCCAGACACACACAUGCUGCAUUGCUGCCAUUCCCCAAGCCCUGCUCCAUCCAUCCAAAGGGCACGGCCACUCGCUAGCUAGCUAGCACUUGGCACAAAGACGAGGCCUGUCCUCAGGGAUAAAAAUACAAGCAGACUGUGUACCCUUGCUGAUUUGUUUUUUGUCCCUUUUCUGGGUCACCCAGCCGAACAUUGGUUAACUGGGGCUCCUUUUGUUUAGCUGUCAUUCCCACUGCUUUGAGCAGUGGACGAUUGCCAGUCAGUCAAUCACUCAGUCAGGCAGACUGAGGAAGCCAGAGGGGUUGGUUAUCCCAGACAAGGAUGAUGGAGCCCAGCAUGGAGAACUGCCUGACCCAGGUCCUGCAGAAGGACAUGGGCCGCCGGCUGCAGGUGGGCCAGGAGAUCAUUGAUUAUAUUCUGGACAAAGAGAAGUCCCAUGACCUGGAACAGGACCAGACAGUGCUGGACAAGAUGAUCGACGGCAUCGCCAGCUCCUGGGUCAACUGCAGCAACUUCAAGGUGGCUCUGCUCGGCUUGGACCUCCUAUCUGCCUUAGUGACAAGGUUACAGGAGAAAUUUAGGGCCCAUGUGGGAACAGUUCUGCCCAGCCUUAUCGAUCGAUUGGGAGAUUCUAAAGACCAAGUGCGAGAACAAGACCAAACAGUGCUGCUAAAGAUCAUGGAGCAAGCUGCCAGCCCACAGUAUGUGUGGGACAGAAUGCUGGGAGGCUUCAAACACAAGAACAACAGGACCAGAGAAGGAGUGUGCCUUUGUCUCAUUGCCACACUGAGCACAUAUGGAGCUCAAGGCCUGACCCUCAGUAAGAUUGUUCCCCACAUAUGUAACCUGUUGGGGGACCCCACAAGUCAGGUGCGUGACGGAGCGAUGAGCUGCUUGGUGGAGAUCUACAGACAUGUGGGGGAGAGGGUGAGGAUGGAUCUCAGCAAAAAGGGCCUGCCACAGUCACGGUUGAAUGUAAUCUUCAGCAAAUUUGAUGAAGUCCAAAGAUCCGGGAACAUGAUGCCAUCGGCUGGCUCAGAUAAGAAUUUUGAGGAUGAAGACUCUGUGGAUGGAGGCCGGUCCUCCUCCUCUUCAUCGUCCAAAGCGCCCCCCAGUGGCAGGAGGACGGUAAUCAGCUCUGUGAGAAGACCCAGCUCAGCCUCCACAACUAAGCCCACAAGCAAGGAAGCAGCUGCUGGUGCCGUUGAUGAAGAGGAUUUCAUCAAAGCUUUUGAAGACGUGCCCUCGGUCCAGUUCUAUUCCAACAGAGAGCUGGAAGACCAUCUGGCAAAGAUCCGAGAAGUGCUUUCUGAUGAGAAACACGACUGGGAGCACCGUGUGGUUGCGCUGAAAAAGGUGCGUUCUCUCCUGCUGGCGGGGGCCACAGAGUAUGAGGGCUUCCCUCAGCAACUGCGUCUCCUGGAGGCUCCGCUCAAGCUGUCCGCUAAAGACCUGCGCUCACAGGUGGUGCGCGAAGCCUGCAUCACAUUGGGACAUUUGUCUUUAAUACUAGGAAACAAGUUUGACCACGGAGCAGAGAGCAUCAUGCCCACACUGCUCAACCUCGUGCCCAAUAGUGCCAAAAUCAUGGCCACGUCCGGAGUCGCCACGAUCCGCCUCAUCCUCAGGCGCACACACUACCCACGUCUCAUCCCCAUCAUCACCAGUAACUGCAUCUCCAAGUCAGUGGCAGUCCGACGACGCUGCUUUGAGUUCCUAGACCUCAUGCUACAGGAGUGGCACACUAACACCUUGGAAAGACACGUGGCUGUUCUGACUGAGACCAUCAAGAAAGGCAUACACGAUGCUGACUCUGAGGCCAGAUCCAUCGCAAGGAAAUGUUACUGGAGUUUCCAUGGUCACUACAGCCGGGAGGCGGAGCAUCUGUUCCAGGCGCUGGAGUCCCCCUAUCAGAAGGCCCUGCAGUCCCACCUGAAGAGCUCUGACAGCAUUGUGUCUCUGCCGCAGUCGGACCGCUCGUCCUCCUCCUCCCAGGAGAGUCUGAACCGGCCUCUGUCUGUUAAGGGUGUCAUCGGAGGGAGCAUGACGAGGAGUAAGCUGGUGGGCAGCAGGGUGUCUCCUUCAUCAGGUUCUCUCCAGCGUUCCCGCAGUGACAUCGAUGUCAACGCCGCCUCCAGUGCAAAGUCCCGGCUGUCCACCGUCCCCACCUCCUCGCCCUUCAGCUCUGCAGCGGCUCUCCCUCCCGGGUCCUACGCCUCAUUAGAUGGCACUCCUGGUAAAGUCGAUGGUCGAGUUCGUACCAGGAGACAGAGCUCAGGCAGUGUGGGCGGAGCCAGCCCUUCAGUGGUGGACAGUAGGGGACGCAGCCGGGCCAAAAUCGUCUCCCAGUCCCAGCGAUCCAGAUCAGCCAAUCCCAUCAAUGCCGGCAGUCGCUCAAGCUCCCCGGGGAAGCUGCUCGGCCACAGCAGCUACGGCCGGGUGCCUCGAGCCACAGUGUCGGCCUCCACCACGCCUGCUGACAAGCGCAGCCGCAUCCCCCGCAGCCAGGGCUGCAGCCGCGACACCAGCCCCACCCGCCUUGGCCUCGCCAGCCUGUGUGGUAAAGCUCUUCUUCCUGCUGCUCUUCCCUACCGCACGCUAGCCCGGAGUCGCAUCCCCCGUCCCAGCAUGAGUCAGGGUUGCAGUCGCGACACCAGUCGUGAGAGCAGCCGUGACACCAGCCCCGCUCGGGGCUUCACUCCUCUGGCCUCCCGACGUCACUCCCGUUCAACCAGCGCUCUCUCCACAGCCGACCCCCACAGCCAGUCAGACCGAUAUGGUUUGAUCCACCAAGCAAGGAUCUCUGCCUCUGUGAACGCCAUGAGGGUCCUGAACACGGGCACAGAGGUGGAGGCAGCGGUGGCUGAUGCUCUGCUGUUAGGAGACUCCAGGAAUAAGAGGAAGCCGAUGAGGCGCAGGUAUGAGUCCCCGGGGAUGUACUCUGACGACGACGCCAACAGCGACGCAUCCAGCGCCUGCUCAGAGCGCUCGUACGGCUCCAGGAACGGAGGAAUCCCCCACUACCUGCGGCAGACGGAGGACGUGGCCGAGGUCCUGAACCACUGCGCCAGCUCCAACUGGUCCGAGAGGAAGGAGGGCCUGCUGGGCCUGCAGAACCUCUUCAAGAGCCAGAGGAUACUCAGCCGAGUGGAGCUGAAGAGACUCUGUGAGAUCUUCACCAGGAUGUUUGCAGACCCACACAGCAAGGUGUUCAGCAUGUUCCUGGAGACUCUGGUGGACUUUGUCACGGUGCACAGGGAGGACCUGCAGGACUGGCUCUUUGUGCUGCUCACCCAGCUGCUGAAGAAGAUGGGGGCCGACCUGCUGGGUUCUGUGCAGGCCAAAGUCCAGAAGGCCCUGGAUAUCACAAGGGACUCCUUCCCAUUUGAUCAGCAGUUCAACAUCCUGAUGCGGUUCAUCGUGGAUCAGACUCAGACCCCUAACCUGAAGGUUAAGGUGGCCAUUCUGAAGUACAUAGAUUCCCUGGCCCGGCAGAUGGACCCAACAGACUUUGUCAACUCCAGUGAGACGCGCCUGGCCGUCUCUCGCAUCAUCACCUGGACCACUGAACCCAAGAGUUCUGAUGUCAGGAAGGCGGCACAGGUGGUGCUCAUCGGUUUGUUUGAGCUCAACACCCCAGAGUUCACAAUGCUGCUGGGAGCCCUCCCCAAAACGUUCCAGGACGGAGCCACCAAACUGCUGCACAACCACCUGAAGAACUCCAGCAACACCAGCAGCAGUGUGGGCUCUCCCAGCAACACCAUUGGCCGGACGCCGACACGCCACACACCCAGCAGAACCAGCCCCCUCACCUCUCCAACAAACUGUUCCCACGGAGGACUAUCUCCAAGUCGGUUAUGGGGAUGGGGUGACGGACUGUCAAAGCAUCCCCCUGCCCCUCCUCCUCCUCCUCCUCAGCCCCACUCCACCCCUGCUGCCCCCUCCCUAAGGGUCCUCCGCAGAGCAUAUUCACCCAGCAUGAUGGAGUACGACACAGAGAACAUGAACUCUGAGGAGAUCUACAGCUCGCUGCGCGGCGUCACCGAGGCCAUCCAGAGCUUCAGCUACCGCAGCCAGGAGGACCUGAACGAGCCAAUCAGACAGGAGGGCAAGAGGGACGACGCAGCAGGAAGAGAGGGCGUAGCGUCUUCUCCCGGCUCUGACGCUCGCCUCGGUUUAGACGUGGUGGAAGGAGGUCGCACCGCUUUAGACAACAAGACUUCACUGCUCAACACGCCAUCACCCCGCUCCUUCUUGGGGCCACGCAGCCGUGAGUUCGCCCCGUACGGCUACGGAGAAACCAUUUGCACAUAUGACAAGAGCGCCAUGAAGGAGGCCGUGUUCGACGAUGACGUGGAGCAGUUCCGCGACAGCCGACGUCAGGAAAGUGGUGAAAACAAGAUGACGCUCCCCAAAGUCUUUGCUCCUGCAGGCGGUCAGGACCACUCGGACCUAGUGGCGGACCUCCUUAAGGAACUGUCCAAUCACAACGAGCGCUCUGAGGAGCGUAAAGGCGCCCUGGUGGAGCUGCUGAAGAUCACUCGGGAGGACAACGUGGCAGUGUGGGACGAACACUUCAAAACCAUCCUCCUCCUGCUGCUGGAGACUCUGGGGGAUAAAGACCACACCAUCCGGGCCCUUGCUCUGCGUCUGCUAAAAGAGAUCCUGAGGAAUCAGCCGGCACGCUUUAAAAACUACGCUGAGCUCACCAUCAUGAAGACUCUGGAGGCUCACAAAGACUCUCACAAGGAGGUGGUGCGAGCAGCUGAGGAGGCGGCGUCCACCCUGGCCGGCUCCAUCCACCCGGAGCAGUGCAUCAAGGUGCUGUGCCCCAUCGUGCAGACAGCCGAUUACCCCAUCAACCUGGCCGCCAUCAAGAUGCAAACCAAAGUCAUUGAACGCAUCGCCAAGGACUCCUUACUGCUGCUGCUCCCCGACAUCAUCCCCGGACUCCUGCAGGGCUAUGACAACACAGAGAGCAGCGUUCGCAAGGCCAGCGUGUUCUGUCUGGUGGCUAUCUACUCUGUGAUUGGAGAGGAUCUCAAACCCCACCUGGCACUGCUCACGGGCAGCAAGAUGAAGUUACUGAACCUGUACAUCAAGCGAGCGCAGACCACCAACAGCAACAGCAGCAGCUCCUCAGACGUGUCCUCUCACAGCUAGGGGACAGAAGGACUCCUCCUCCUCAUCAUACUGCUCCUCCGCACACAGGAAAUCCUGUCAGCAAUCUUUAGUUCCUCCUCCCUGAUUUUGCUCUAGAAACUUUUGAAUGUAACUGUGGAUUGGGUUGAAAUGGGAGGGGGGGGGGAAACAACAGUCAUCACUUUGGGAAAAUAGAAAAAUAUCUCUUUCUUUUCAUCCUCCCUUUUCCUGUUGCAGCCUGUUUUUCCUCUCACAUUAGGUAAGGUAAAGAGGGGAGGCCAGGAAUCAUUCAGAACCAGAGGGGAGGAACUUGUGUCAGAUGGACUACAGUUUGGGAUGUAAUGUCAUUUGGCUGGCCCAGUGAUGGUAAUAAGCCCUGUAUGUUUUGGGAUGAAUUUUGGUUUAGGGAGCUUUAAAAAACGAAUACUUAAACAAAAAAAGAUGGUUAAGUCAAACAAUUGAAAGCGUACUGUAGGAUCAUUUUUAGUUCCUGUUUAAUCAGUUUUUUAAAUGCUUAUUUUAAAUGAAGUGGCUAAGGCAAUUGAACCCCCUUUCCCAAAAACAUUGUUACACUCAACAAAGCAGCAGGAAAACUUCCAGCUACAUAAUUGACAGUCCUUCAAAUACUGUGCAGACGAAUUGAAGAAGAAAUUGUUAAACUGCACUGUUAAAUUCGUCUUGAAAUUUACAAUCAGCCGAAGAUGAAGCUGUGCUGCCUGUACUCUCUCACAGAACCUCCUGCACUCAUUCUGUUAAACACGCUAUCCCCACGCCAGUGUGAGGCUGUAGGUCUCUGAGGUUGCUGCUCAGCAGAGACCGUGUUGAGGAGGAAGUCCUGCUGUAAAUACUGCAGAUGCUUCCUGCUGGGAUACGAGUGAUCGGAGACACCAAUAAGACAUUUCUAGGCCUUAUUCACUCCACAGGUUGACUGGGACUCCUGUACAGCACUUGGCUCUCAGAAAGAUGUGAAUCUGCGGGACCCGGUUUGACCUGUGACCGUGUAACUACGGUAUUAGCCGUUUCCCCCACACAGCUUCUGCAAUAACUCUGAAUCCAUUCAUUUCAGUAUUUUGUACAUACACUUUUUGACCAUUGCUUCGCAAAGUUUUACAUAGUGUCAAAGAAAAAACAACCACCUUUUUGCACGCUAGCAAAAACACCCUGCAUGUAGCCUGCAGCUCAUGCCAACACGCUGUUUUAAAGGGCCCGGGUUAUUGGCUGUUAAAGUGCACUUGUGACAUCAUCAGAUGACUCCUCUCUGAUUUGAGCAGAGGAGGUGGCCACAGACAUCAGCCACAUGUAUGUAAAAGGUACAAAACAUGUACUUAAACCAUGUGUUCCGUGUAUUAAAGCAGGUGGAAGUCACACCUCUUUUUGUUGCAGUGUUAAGAUUGAGGAACCCAGAAGCUUUACAAUGUUGGAUGUUGCUCCGAGUCCAGCCGUGGAUCCCUAAUCAGGAAAAGGUUUCCUCCCUCUGAUCACGCUCUGAUUAUUGGUUCACUAUGAUUCACUAUGGUAGAAAGGGAUCAGACUCAUUAUGCCUUUUUAAAUUCUGUUGUGACCGAGUCCUUGGAGGGACGGUUUGUGACUCACUGUUUUAUUUGAGUGGUGUUUCAUACCACUGCGAGUGAGCCGACCGGGGGUUAUUUAAGUAAAUGAAUGUACAGACUUAUGUGUUAUAAUAGGCAGCAUCUGAAGUCUAGGUGCUGAAAAUGGUUUUGGCAAAGUGCAGCCCUGUACACUGCAACAUGCCUGUCUGCUCUCUACCUUACUUUCCUUCUCCUGAAUCCUCUCAAUCUGUUUUAUUUUAAAGCCAUGUGAUGCAGAUGCAGACCUGGCACAAGGGGGGAGUCGACCAAUCUUCAAAGGAGCAUAUGUAAUCCCAUUACUGCUAUAGAAACAGCUGUUCACUAUGCAUGUUCUCCAGUACACUGUCUUUCUUUUGUCUCCGUCGCUCAUGUAAUAUUCAAACCUGUAUUUAUAUUUGAUUUGAUUUUGUUUUCUCAUCAACUGUACAGAAGGUUUUUUUUUGUUAACUUCCACCUGUGAUAGGUUUGCAACAAUGUAAAGAAAUGGUUUGCUCUAGAAAUAAACCAACGAAGAAGUGA